AUGGAUCGAGAAACAAAGCAGCCGCGAAACACACGCCUUAUCACGCUUGACAGACUUGAAGACGAAUACAUGAUGCGACUCAAGAACGCAGUGGAAUCCACGGACGGUGCGGCCGCGUGGCGAACGGGAUUGGAUAUUUUUCAUGAGAUUCAGCACGAGAAAGGACGGGGCCUAGGAUUGGAAGUUUCUUCAUUCCUCAUAGAAGUGCUAGGUACUAGACGACGCGUGGACGACUGCAUGCGAGUGCUAGCGUAUUCUCGGGUGCACGGCGUUCGUCCCCGCAUUCAAGCUUAUUCGAGUGCAAUUAGCUGCUGCUACAAAGAGGCUCAGUAUGGUUACGCCCUGCGCGUAUUCGAAGUUAUGCGUAAUGACGGGUACGUGCCGCAGACUGUGACGUACUCCCACGCUCUGUCAUCGGCCCUUAAGUCAAGCCAACACGAGCUGGUGCUAGAAAUCUUUGACGACAUGAUCAAAAACCGCCUGGAUCUCAACAUAAUCAUAUACAAUAACAUUUUAAAUAGCUGUGCGCGAGCGGGAGAUGUGCACAGUGCUCUCGGCGUGCUGCAAGCUAUCCGUCAACGUCAACUAGAGAUGACGCAGUCGACAUACCAUUCGCUUGCUAUAUGUGCCGGUAAGACUGGCAAAUGGGACCUGGCGCUGGAUGCCUUGGAUACAAUGCAGGCAAACGGCUUCGAACCCACAUCGACUAUUUUCAAUUCAGUCUUUUCCGCAUGCGCUAAAAGCAAGCAAUGGGAAGCAGUAGUUGAAGUUUACGACCUUAUGCCAGAUGACCUCCGCCAAAAUUUACAGGGUGUAUAUCUAGGUGCAGUUAUUAUGGCCCACGCUAAGGCUGACAGCGAGGAGCUUAAGUUGCGUGGAUUGGACAUUUUCUACAAGCACAAGGAAAUUCAGUCGGAAGAAAGCCAACUUAAUUUAUUUGCUUAUAAUGCUGCUCUGAUUGCAAUGUUGGAGACGAAUCAGCUCGAAAAAAUGCAUCCUUUUGCCAUUGAAAUGAAGAAGCUAGGGAUGAAGUGGGACACAACAACCUAUCAGUCUCUUAUUCUGUCAUACAUUCGGGCCGGCGCCGUGGAGACAGCAGUGCAAAUGCUGCAGAGUAAUGCCAAGCGGAUGGGUAAAACGACCAUGUGUUACCGCGAAGCCAUUGAUUUUUAUGACCAAAAACGCAAAAACCCUCGCGAGGCAGUACGCCUCACGAUGCAGAUGAUGCAAUUCAACAAGCGUCUGAGCCGCCUCGACUGGCACAACGCUUUGCGGCUGGCGCUUCAACUGCCUGAACGCGCACCGUAUUGGAAUUUCCGUAAGUGGAUGGCUAUUCGCGCGAAGGGUAUCAUUGAAGACGUGCCGCCACAUCUAAUGCUACCCUCACACGCAGAUCAGCGCCGGUCGCUUCUGCAAGGUGACACGGAAAGCGAAGAAAGCGCUGAAGUUCCUUACCAGCUGGGUGACUAUCACUCGCGUAAGCGAAGACUCAAUUGCAGACAGACGGUAUCUGGUGACGAACAAAGGUUUCUCUAA